UAAUAUCACUUUAUCAUAUAUUUGUAUACAUUUUUUUACAAAGUAGAAACUUAAUAAACGUUACAUUUAUUUUUUCGUGUACAAUUAUUAUUUCUAGAUAAUAAAAAACAUGAAGCAAGAUCAUCAACAUGCAAUUGGUGUUCCAAUUUCAGCUCCACCAAAUCAAUCAGUUGCAAUUGCUGGAGAGUUCUCUAGUGGUCUUUGUGAUUGUUUCUCUGAUUGUUCUCUUUGUUGUAUGACAUGUUGGUGCCCAUGCAUCACUUUUGGACGUAUAGCAGAGAUUGUUGACAAAGGUUCAUCAUCAUGUGGUGUAAGUGGAGCAUUGUAUUCACUACUUUUGGUAUUGACUGGAUGUCAAUGGAUAUAUUCAUGCACUUAUCGUUCAAAGUUGAAGGCUCAACUUGGAAUGCCAGAGAAUAGUUGUGGAGAUUGUUGUACUCACUUUUGGUGUGAAGCUUGUGCCUUGUGCCAAGAGUACCGUGAACUUCAACAUCGUGGCUAUGAUCUUGCCCUCGGAUGGCAAGGUAAUGAGGAGAGGAAAAACCAGGGGAUGGUACCUCCAUCAAUGGCAGGAGGCAUGACGCGAUAAGCUGAUCUGAUAAGCAUUUAUUGAAUUAAUUCAAAAUCAAAGAUAAUUAAAAUACUGUGUUGCAUACUUGUAUUGUACUCGUAGACAUGAAUAAAUUCUUGUGUAAUUUUUAAGUUUGUUUGUAUCAAAAGUCUAAUUUUAGCUUCAUUCCUUUCUUUUAUUUGUUUAAUUAUUUAAUUUUUUAAUUUGUGAGGGUUUCACACUUUUUCUAUAGAGAAUAAUUGAGGCCUUGAGGGUGUGAGCAUGUGUACUGUGUACAAUAUUUGUUCCGGGUUGAUGAAUAAAUAAUAUUUACUUUUGUAUUAUAAA